UGUCUACCUCCAUCGCGAAUGACGCGAGCCGAACGCGUUUCCCGCCGUCCCGGCUGCUGCACAAACGAUUUAUAUUCUAUUACGGCAUAUAUAUAUUUUAAAGCAGUUUGUCGGUAUUCCGGUUCCGAGCUGCCCAAACGAUUGCCGCAGAUGACCACGUCCUGCAAGACGUCCGGUUACGUUUUUUUCGCCGGCUCACACGCACGUUACACACCACACGUCAUAGUCGUCGUCGCAGUCGUUUAACAUAGCGUUCAGUCGCUCGUUUACCGUUGUCGCGUCCGUUGCGCCCCUCGUGGUCACUGCUAAAAUUUACCCGAUCGUCCACCGGCAAAUAUAUAUAUAUUUAUACAUAAAUAUAUCACCGCGAUACAGUAAUAAACGGCGUCGUCGUGUUUUAAAAAUCAAUUUUAUUUUUAUUUUUGAUUUGGUCGUCGGUUUAAUGCCGAUCAGUAUACAAGACCUGUGACGAAAAUUCAAAAAAAUUUAACAGAACGCCGAGUAUACUUUACUCCUCUUCCAAGCCGCACAAUCUCUAUCUCAAAAUGGUUUCGACCCGACUGACGGCGAUGGUUAUCGUGGUCUGGUGCUGUACAAUGACCGCCUCGGAACAAUACUGGAAGUGGCACAAACCGUACACAUGGAACAGUUCUCCAAAAUUGAACUUACCGACGCACUCGGCCGUCUACGGGAAACCACUACCGCGGCCUUACUCAGCUGUUCACGAGAAACCACGAGACCGUUGUGAACUGCGCAAGGCGGUCUUCACUCAGGAUGCUGAAUCGCCACAGUAUAUCGUCUACAAGACCAAAAUUCCAGACUUGAAAGAAUUCACGCUGUGCCACUGGCACAACAUUUUCAACUACACGCACGAUCAACCCAUAUUCUCAUACUCGCAUGCUGGUAAAUCCCGUGUUAUAUAUUCAUGGAUCGAAAACAAGCCCGACAAGACAUAUUACUCGUUGGCCAUCAACGGACACACCAUUUACAGAAUUAAUUACCCGGAGAAGUUGUUCAAAUGGUAUCAUGUGUGCCAGUCGUGGAACGGUCACACGGGCGAGUGGCAGCUGUGGAUCAAUUCCGAAAGAGUGGGCAGAGGAUUUUACAACUUGAUGGCUGGAAAGAAGAUUAAGGGCGGUGGCGUUGCCAUUAGCGGACGGGAGUACUUGGAUCAAGCGUUGGCCAUCCACUACCCGGCGUACUCUGGAGAACUGACAUUGGUAUCGCUGUACAAGGCGGCGUUGACGGCGGGCAAGGCGUACAACGAUCACAAGCAUCAUCACGUGCACAACUUCCAUCACGGAUACGACGAGUCAGUGGACGAGGCCGAGACUGAGGCACCGCCCACAUUACCCCCCGGACCGGAAGCCACGAGGCCACCACACUUGGCGCACGGCGGACAGUUCGCCAACGGUCAACGGCUGCCUAUGUUACCGGUGCCGACGACCAGCAGCCCGGCUCAGCAGGAAUCGAUGUUCCCGCAUCUACCGCCGCAACCGCAACUUCCGCUUUUCGACGGCGGACUGUACGACUUUUACGACGCGCCGGCUGUCGACGAGACGUUCCGCGUAAAUCUGUUGGACAAGCGCGACGACAACCGCCGUAGCAGCAACGCCGAGACCCGUUACAAGCGUUGGAGUCCUUUGUUCCGGCGGCCGACGUCCUAUGUCACUCCCGCCGCCGUCGAAGAACGGAACGCCAGGUCUGACGGUGGGUCGCACGACCGGAAGUACGAACCGGCCGAGUGGGAGGUGUCCAAAGUGGCCAGCGUGUGCUCGGCCUGCGUGACAGACCCGUUCGGCGCGGCUUCCGUCCUCUCCUGGCACGAUACCCGCAAACAGUUCUACAAUGGCGUUCACUAUUUGCCCGCUCUGCCGAAAUGCUAUGCGUUUUGACGAGAUGAUUUGCGCUCAAGUCAUCGAACCAUUUCCGCCACCUAUUUACCGACCCUAUCACCUACCGCCGACGCAAUAUCGCCAUACACUUUAUUAUAGCGCGGUGGUUGGUGGGUGGGACGUCGACCCGGGGUGCGAUACUGUACAUACUUAUACAUAAUAUUAUUUUAUUAUUUUUGUUAUUUUUAAUAGUGUGUAGAGCUUAAAAUACAAUUUUAUGCCUUGGAACCUAAAAUAAAACUAAGAUAAGCCGUACGUGACGGCCGAGUUGCGCUUUGGGAUCUAAAAUCAUAUAUAUUUCCAAAAUUAAAACAAAAAAAAAAAAAAAAAAUAUGAAAUAUGUUGUAUAAUAUUGAAAAUAAGUUUUUCUGCGAAAAUAAAUUCAGCGAUUUCGCGUAAACCAAUUUUAAACGUUAAAGAAGUUAAAAAAUUGAAAAACCAUUCAGUGAGCGAAAUCAAGUGUGGCGCAUUAUGCAAACAGGCCACCCGCAGGCAAUAGUAUAAGACGUGUUAUUUAUUUAUAAGCCGUAUUCCUCUAUGUUUUAUAGUCGUACAAUAGAACAGCGAUAAAAAAAAAAAAUAUUAAAAUCGAUUUCGGUCCCUUUUCGCAAGUUUAUUAUAUGAUAUAACGCAUAAUUAUUAUCACCUAUAAUUUAAUCCUGAUCCCCGACAAUGUAAUAUAGAGGUAGAUAGUAAUUUUGCUCGGAUUUCAUACAAUUUGGAGUCGAAGUAAAGACUGUAACUACCCCGUACAUGCUCAAAAUUAAUUAUUGUUGUUAUUGAAAAAUGUAUUCCAUCCAUAUAAUACCGUUCUGACGCUUGUUUUUUAUUUAAUACACACAAAAUAUUCUCGGACACGUCUUGUUUAUAUUUAGGUCAUAUAGGCGGACAAAGAUAUUCAAUGAUAAAUUCCAAAAUUUCAUCAUUGCCGUUUACAACAAAACACCGACAUAGAAAGCCUUUUUAUUUCUUUUUAACUAUAUUAUAAUGCUUAGAAAUACUUAUGAAAUCAAGAUAUAAUAUCUAUAAUUCGUUAUUUUCCCCUAUGUAUCACAUGAUAUAAUUAUAUAAAAAUAUAUUCCAGGUGAAUUAAAAAGUAUGUAAAUCCAAUUUUUCUUCAAUAAUACAGUUAUUAAAAAUCUGAUUGAUAGCAUUUUUAAAUACCUAUACUAAGGCAAUUUUUGUUUAAUUCUUGAAAUUAUUAUAUACUACUUAAAAAGUGUGCUAUAUACAGUUACAAACUUUUGUUUACAAAUGAAAAUCUCCUAUUUUACUGUGAAUAAUUUAGUAUAGGUACAUCCUAUUAGUAUUAAUAAGUAUCACAAUUUAAAUUAGGACAACAAGUAGUAUUUGAGUACUAAAUAGUAAUAGUAGUAGUAUUUAACUUUAUGUGCUAAGGAUCAGGUGCACGAUAAUGGGUUUGAAAAAUAUGGGGAUUGUAGAGUUUAGAAAAUUUUAGUAAUGAAUAUUAGUUUGUUAAUAUUUAUAAUUACUAAAAAUAGUCAAAGUAUAAUAUAUACUAGAUUCGAUAUUUUAUAUUUUUGUUAAUCCAUUUUUAAGAACUAUUAUCCUUAGUAUAAAAAUUUAAAUUAUCGAAAAACUACUACCUUUUUAGAUACAUUAAUAUUUUAAAAACAAUUAUCUAGUAAAUAAUUUAUAGUAAAAAGGGCGGUUUUCAUUAAAAAAAACUGAUUUUUUAUAGUCGCAAGACAAUUUUUAAGUAAAACAAAAAUUUUUAGAAAUUCACUAUUAAAAGAAAAAUGGGGUUGAGCAUGCUUAGUGAAACACCCUUCUAUAUUAUAUAGAAUAUACAGGUGUAUAGAUUGGACAUAUUGAUAUUUUCCUUUCUACGCGUACCUUUUUUCUUAAUAGAAUGACGUGCCAUGCGCCAUAAAAUUUAGUCUAUAGUCAAUCAAAGGCUUUGAUCGAACUUUAGGGUUCGCUCUAUUCACCCAUAUCAAUUGAACAAAAAGGCCAUAUAAAUUAUACCCGAUAAAUCUCUAAAUCUAUUUAGUGCUACAUAUACAUAACAAUCGAUUGGAUUCGAAAUUACAGAACUAUUAAAAGAGAUCUAUUUUAAUGGUAAUAUUUCUGUUAAUAAAUUAAAUUUUCAAUAUUUAUUAUACAAUUUAUAAAAAUAUAAUAUGACAAACAAUAAAAAUCAUUUUGGCACAAAAAAUAAGAAUGACGUGGUACAAUAGCUAUAUAUUUUAUCGUUGUAUCAUAUAUUUAAUAUGUAUUAAGCGAUUUUGUAACAAUUUUUAUUAUUUAUAUAAGGAUUAAAUUAUAAUAAUAUUUUUUUUUAGAUUAAGUAUGUAAUAUUAGUUGAAAGUAAUUGUAUAACUGUGAUAUUGUUACCGUAUAUAUAAUGAAUAAAAUAAUAAAUUGUAUGUAUAAACAUGAUAAAA